CCAACGGUUUGGCUUGCCAGCAAUCGAUUGGAUACUGCAGUUUCUUGCGCGCGGAUCUAUCACGAGCACGAAACAUCCUUUUUUCCUCGCGCGAUUGUUGUGCAAAACAGCGAACUGUUUCGAUUUUGUUGCAUGUAUUUUCUGCGUCAUCGAAACGAAGAAAGCGACGCGAUCCAAGAUGUAUUUCGCCGGACACGUUACGGUUUUAUUUACACUCGUCCUCUUCUCGAUUUCCGUUUUCGGGUUCCCGGACGGUGCGCCGGUAGACGCGUGCGUGAAACCACGGCCUAAUCAACCCUAUCAUGGUGAAGCGCGGUCACAACCCUUAAACACAAGCCCUUACAAGAUCCUGGCUUCAUCGUCGCAGUACAGACCGGGCACGCAGGUCACAGUCAAAAUUACGGGCGCACCGUUCAAAGGAUUCUUCAUACAGGCGCGUGACUCCAAUACAAAUAAAUGGAUUGGAUCCUGGACGCGUACGCCGAACACGUUUGUACAUGGCGAGUGCAGUGCCGUGACGCACACCGAUCCGCACGAUAAGGAGCAAGCCACCUUCAUUUGGAGCGCACCGGCGGACGCACAAGGCAGCGUUUACUUCACUGGAACUGUAUUAAAGGACUAUGCAACAUUCUGGUCCGAUCUUGUGUCGCAGGUGGCAUAAUAAUUCGUCAGCAUAUACUGUCUGCAUCUUUACUCGUCGACGAAGUGCUUUCGCCAAAAGAUAGAUUCCAUUUUUUACAAAAAUUUUAAAAUUUUAUUCGUAUGUUGUGUAUUUUGACAUAUCUGUGACACGUUAUACAAUAUAUAUUUUAUAAAUCUUGUAUUUUUGUACCAUCGCGGGAAUGCCGAGCGUUUUAAUUAAUAAAAGAUCAUCAAAACGGGUA